CAGCCUAUCACAUGGGUUGGCCUUUUUUAAAUCGGUGGUUCAAAGACAUUUCCUCCAGAAUGGUGUUAGUGACGCUGUUAGUGCUGUCUCUGGUUGGGUGUCAGCCAACACAGAGUUCACAACAGGAACCAAGCCCUCCUCACCCCACAGAAGAACAGCCUCCUUUAGGUAUUGAUAAUCUGUCUUUCCCCUGGAGCCGUCUUCGCCUGCCAAGGUACAUCAUUCCUCUACACUACCACCUCCUCCUGCACCCCAACCUCACAAGUCUCAGUUUCACUGGGUCAGUACGGAUCCAGAUUGAUGUCCAGAACAACACAAACUGGGUUGUAUUACACAGCAAGGGUCUAGAGAUCUCCAAGGCCACCAUACUGGACCAGAAUCUCACUCAUCUGUCAGACCAGAUUCUUCCAGUUCUUCAUAACCCCUCCCAUGAACAGAUUGGCAUUUUCUCUCCCAGGGUCCUCAGCAGGGGGAAGAAGUACUUUCUGUACAUUGAGUUUAGGGCACAACUUGCAGAAGGCUUUUAUGGCUUCUAUAAGAGCACCUACAGAACCAGCGCAGGCCAGACCAGAACUUUAGCUUCAACUCACUUUGAGCCCACGAGUGCUCGGAUGGCCUUCCCUUGUUUUGAUGAGCCAACCUUCAAAGCCAACUUCUCUGUUCGGAUCAGGAGGAGCCCAGAGUACAUUUCCCUGUCCAACAUGCCUGUAGUCAAGACAGCUGAUGUGGCUGAUGGCCUGGUUGAGGACCAGUUUGCUACAAGUGUAAAGAUGAGCACAUACCUCGUCGCAUUCAUCAUCUGUGACUUCAAACACAUCACUGCAACAACAUUUUCGGGGGUGCAGGUGUCCAUCUAUGCCGCUCCUGAAAAGUGGCUGCAAACCCACUAUGCCCUGGAGGUUGCUGUCAAAAUGUUGGAUUUCUAUGAGGAGUACUUCAACAUCCGCUAUCCUCUACCAAAACAAGAUCUGAUAGCCAUCCCAGACUUCCAGUCUGGUGCAAUGGAGAACUGGGGACUCACCACCUACAGAGAAACGAGCCUUCUCUUUGACCCCCUCACAUCCUCUAUGUCUGAUAAACUCUGGGUUACUAUGGUGAUCGGCCACGAGCUCGCCCACCAGUGGUUUGGUAACUUGGUGACCAUGGAGUGGUGGAACGACAUCUGGCUGAAUGAAGGAUUUGCCAGAUACAUGGAGUAUAUUUCAGUGGAAGCCACCUACCCGGACCUUAAAGUGGAGGAAUAUCUACUGCACACCUGUUUUGCUGCAGUUGGUCAUGAUUCGUUGAACUCCUCCCGACCAAUAUCCAGCCCGGCGGAGAACCCCACUCAGAUCGAAGAGAUGUUUGACACAGUCUCUUAUGACAAAGGAGCAUGUGUCCUGCACAUGCUGCGACAUUUUUUGACAGAUGAAGUGUUUCAGAGUGGGAUAGUGCGAUAUCUCCGCAAAUACAGCUACAGAAAUGCACACAACCAGGACCUCUGGGACAGUCUAACCAAUACAUGCUCAGAGGAGGACUUCAUCUCAGGAAAACACUGUUACAACAGGGGCCAGGCUACCAAGAACGCAUACCUGUUUGCAGGGGAACAUCUGGACCUGACAGCCAUGAUGAACACUUGGACUCUGCAGAAAGGUAUUCCUCUGGUAACUGUGACAAGAAAAGGUCCUCGUCUGCUGCUUAGACAGGACAGGUUCUUGAGAACAGUCCUGCCUUCUGAUCCUCUCUGGCCCACACUGCAAAAGGGGUGAGCACACAUGCACUCCCAGCUUCAUAAUCAAUUGUAGGCUGCAUGUUUUUGAAAUCCCCUCGAUGGUGGCUGGGAUGAGAUGGCCAAAGUGCUGAGGGAAAACCACACUGCUUUGAGCUACAAAGACAGGACACACUUGAUACACAACGCCUUUCAAUUGGUCACGGCAGGUCAUCUGCCGAUCAAUAAAGCCUUAGACCUGAUUGGUUAUCUGCAAUCGGAGACACACACGGUGCCUCUUCUCGAAGGACUGGGCUAUCUGGAGACAUUUUACCAUAUGGUUGAGAAAAGGAAUGAGCUUGACGUAACCCACAGUCUGGGAAUGUACAUCCUGCGAUUUUUCCGUGCUGUCAUUGACCAGCAGACAUGGAGCGACAGCGGCUCCAUGUCAGAGCGACGGCUGAGGUCAAAGGUCCUGUCAUUGGCUUGUCAGCUGGAUGACCCUCCCUGUAUAGAGCGUGCACGUCAGAGCUUCAAAGACUGGUUUCAGUCCAACGGAACACUAAACUUACCCACUGAUGUGGCAGAGACGGUGUAUUCAGUUGGAGCUCAGGAUGACCACGGCUGGGCAUCACUCUUGCACACAUACAACAUCUCCCUCUCUGAAGCACAAAAAAAGAAAAUCCUGUUUGCCUUGACUUGCAGCAGAGACACCAACAAACUGCAAAGGCUGCUGGAUAUGGGUCUAGAAGGGAAGGUGAUUCGAUUGCAGGACCUGUCGGCCGUCAUCCUGAUGGUGGCCAGAAACCCGCGGGGACAUCACCUUGCCUGGAACUUUGUCAAAAAGAACUGGGAUUUGCUGGUUCAGAAGUUCCAGUUGGGUUCAUUUUGUAUUAGAAACAUCCUCAUCGGCACCACAGGCCAGUUUUCAUCUCCAGAGGAACUCACUGAAGUGCAGUUGUUCUUUGAGUCCAUCAAGGAACAGACGUCUCAGCUGAGAACUGUUCAGAUUGCUCUGGAUAAUGUGCGGAAAAAUGUCCGCUGGGUUCAGAGAAACCUAGGAACCCUGAGAAACUGGCUGAAUGAGCAAAUGAAGUGAACAGCAGCAGAAAAAGAGGUGGUGGCUGACACAUACCACAAAAAGAGAAAGGCUAUUUGAAAGUGUUCUGAAGUUGUGUUUUACUUGGA